AUGGAGGUUCGGAGCUGCGGAGUCCGACGCAUGUGCACUCUGACUCUGCUGCUGGUGUCCGCGUGCCCGCUGUGCUGCCGGUCCAGCUGGAUGUGGCUCGGCGUGACCUCCGCCGGAGCCGCGGAGCAGCUGGGCUGCGCCAACCUGCCGCUGAGCCCCCGGCAGCGGGACCUGUGCCGCCGGAAGCCCUUCCUGCUGCCCAGCGUCCAGGACGGAGCGCGGCUGGCGGUGGCCGAGUGUCAGAGCCAGUUCCGCCACGAGCGCUGGAACUGCUCCACGGCCGAGCAGCCGCCGGUGUUCGGCCACGAGCUGAGCAGCGGAACCAAAGAGACGGCGUUCAUCUACGCGGUGAUGGCGGCGGGCCUCGUGCACGCCGUCACGCGCUCCUGCAGUCAGGGCAACAUGACCGAGUGCGGCUGCGACGCGCGGCUUCGCGGCGGCGGCUCGGCGGCCGAAGGCUGGCACUGGGGCGGCUGCUCGGACCACAUCCAGUACGGAACCUGGUUCAGCCGCAAGUUCAUCGACGGCGCGGCGACGAAUGCGUCGACGGUCCGCGGCGGCUUCACGCCGAACACCAUCAACCAGCACAACAGCGAGGCCGGCCGGCAGGCCAUCGACAGGACCAUGUCCACCGACUGUCGCUGUCACGGCGUCUCCGGGUCCUGCGCCGUGAAGACGUGCUGGAGGACGAUGGCGGCGUUCGAGCGCGUCGGUUCGUACCUGAAGGAGCGCUACGAGCGCAGCGUCCAGGUGUCGGACCGCUCCAGGAGGAAGACGAGGAGGAAGGAGCAGCGCCGCCUCCCCGUCGACAAGCACCAGCUCAUCUUCUUCAACAAGUCUCCCAACUACUGCCUGGAGGACCGGCGCCGCGGCAUCGCCGGCACCAGGGGGCGCCGCUGCAACCGCACGUCCGCCGGGCCGGACGGCUGCAACCUGCUGUGCUGCGGCCGCGGAUACAACACACACGUCGUGCGACACGUCCAGCGCUGCGAGUGCAAGUUCGUCUGGUGCUGCUACGUCCGCUGCAGGCGCUGCGAGAGCAUGAACGACAUGCACACCUGCAAGUAGCACCUGGAGACAACACACCUGGAGACAGCACACCUGGAGGCAACACACCUGGAGACAGCACACCUGUAAUCCACACCUGGACCACAUUCGACCUGGAGAUCCAGGAGUAAAACUUAAAUUCCGUCCCUGGAGGUGGACCGAGCUGCACCAAAGUUCUGUUUUCUUGUUCAGUCGUGUUCUGGAUGAACUGAUUCGUUCUUCGGUUUCUAAAAUGUCAGAAAUUAUGAAAAUUCUUUGUUUUGUCUCAAAUCCAAAGAUGUUCAGUUUCCUGAACAAACCAGGAAAUUAAAUUCAGAGAAUGAACAGUUUUUGUUUAUAAAUGAUUCAAAGCAGCUCAUUAAUCAUCAGAACAGUUCAUUCAUUUAAUCAUUGAGAACUAUUUGAUUCAUUAGUUAAAGUCGACAGACUUGAACCUUCAGCUUCUCCAGAUGUGAUUGGUGCAGAUCUCAGGUUGGUGGACUAUCAGUGGAUCCAUGUUCGGACCUCGUGGAACCGGCAGUGAUUCUGCUUUGAGCUCUAAAACAUCAGAAGAACUCGUUUUUGUACAUUUUUAUCCAGAUGAUCUGUUUCUGGACAAAAAGGGAAGAAACAUGAUGACAUGAAACACUGAAGCAUCCAGCAGCUGAGAUCUUCUUCCAGGUUCCCACAUCGAGUUCCGGGUCCUGAACGGAUCACCAGGAACCAUCUGAGACAGAACAGGAACUCAAACCAACAGCAGCAGAUGGAACAUUGAGGAACGUCUCAGUUUCUGCAGCUGGUUGAGUCCAAGCUGAAGAUCCAGACUUCUGAUCCUGGAUCGUUUCUGCAGCCGACGGAACUCGAUUUAAAAAAUAAUCCUGCAUCUGUUUUUGUAUUUGAGCAAUAAACAUUUAUUUAUGAGUAAA